UCAUCAUCACCUGGUUCAUAUAUACCAGAGUCCAUUGUCGAGAAACUGAGAGAAGACAUCCCUCACCUCAUCCUCAAGAAGUAUACUGCAGUUAGCCUUCAAAUUGCUGGAGUCAAGGUUUAUCCACCUCCUCAGAAGUCGGCAGCAGUCUCGUCACUUGGUGCAGGACCUUCAGCUGGUGGUGCUACUGAUAAAUCACCUACUCAACCCAAAGCAAAAAAACCACGUCUCUCACCAGAAGAGGAUUACCCAUUCGUUGAGAAGCCAUCAGAGGAUUUCUUCUGUCCAGUGACGUUGGGUCUACUGCUCCAGCCUCACCUCACGUCCUACUGUGGUAAACAUCUCUCAGAGGAGUCUGCCACCAGAAUACAGGGAGAGGGAGGACCAUGUCCACUCUGCAAGUCUCCUGACUGGAGUACUGUGCUGGACAAACACGUCCGUCGACAAGUGAAGGAGCUUCAUGUGUUCUGUCGUCACAAGGAGAAAGGCUGUUGGUGGAAAGGAGAGUUGUCUGACUUUACACAACAUGUCCAGUCUUGCCAGUUCAGAUAUCUACAAGUCUCUACCAAGGGAAGAACAGAGCUCCAUGAUGCUGCUCAGAGAGGAGAUGUGGAGGCAGUUGAGAGACUCCUCUCCACUUCUGUCAAUAUCAACUCCAGGACUGAGGAUGAAGGAGACACUGCUCUACUGUUAGCCUCUCUCAGAGGUCAUGUUGAGGUUGUACGUCUGUUGCUCAAGGCUGGGGCUGCAGUCUUCAUUUCUGACAAGUGUUGCAGUACUCCACUGUACUUCGCUUCAAUCUAUGGUCACAGAGCAGUAGUGGAGCUACUGCUAGAGAAUGGAGCUGAUGUCAGCAUCGGCAAUGAGGAUGGUUCCAGUCCACUCUAUGUUGCCAGUCAAGAGGGACACUCUGAGGUGGUGGAUGUACUGGUGAAAGCAGGAGCUGAUGUACAUCAGGCAACAGCCAAGGAAUGCUGUGUUCCUCUGGGGAUAGCUGCUGCCAGAGGACACACUGAGACAGUUCAGAGACUGUUGGAGGCAGGAGCCAACGUCAACCAACAGGACAAGAGUGGUGCGACUCCAGUCUGGUUUGCCUCCUUGAAUGGUCAUACAGCUGUAGUUAAACUGCUGAUAGAGAAUGGAGCUGACAUCAGUAUCUGUAAUGAGGAUGGUGCCAGUCCACUCUAUGUUGCCAGUCAAGAGGGACACUCUGAUGUAGUGGACAUUCUGCUAGAGGCUGGUGCUGAUGUCCACCAGGCCACCACCAAGGGUGGUGAUGUUCCUCUGGGGAUAGCUGCCGAGGAGGGACACACUGAGACAGUUCAGAGACUGUUGGAGGCAGGAGCCAACGUCAACCAGCAGAACAAGGAUGGUGUCAGUCCACUCUAUGCUGCCAGUCAAGAGGGACACUCUGAUGUAGUGGACAUUCUGCUAGAGGCUGGUGCUGAUGUCCACCAGGCCACCACC